AUGGGGCUCCCCCAGAGGCCGCCUGGCCCAUCACUGCUUCUCCUCCUUAUGGGGUCGCUGGUCUGGCCCCCGCCCUGUAUGAGCCUGGAGCUGAUCCCCUACACGCCGCAGAUAACCUCCUGGGACCUGGAAGGGAAGGUCACAGCCACCACGUUCUCCCUGGAGCAGCCACGCUGUGUCCUGGAAGGGCAUGCCAGCGUUGCCAACACCAUCUGGCUGGUGGUGGCCUUCAGCAACGCCUCCAGGGACUUCCAGAACCCACAGACGCUAGCUGAGAUCCCCGCCUUCCCACGGCUGCUGACUGAUGGCCACUAUAUGACGCUACCCCUGUUCCUGGACCAGCUGCCCUGUGAAGACCCCGUAGGUGGCAACAGGGACAUCCCCCUGCUGCGGGUGGGCAAUGACCCUGGCUGCCUUGCUGACCUCCAUGAGCCACCCUACUGCAACACCCCCCUCCCGAGCCCUGGAUCUUACAGGGUGAAGUUCCUCCUGAUGGACGCCAGGGGCUCACCCCAGGCCGAGACCAGGUGGUCCGACCCCAUUACUCUCCAACAAGGGAAGGCCCCAAGCUCUAUCGACACGUGGCCAGGGCGGCGAAGCGGUGACAUGAUUGUCAUCACCUCCAUCCUCUCCUGUCUGGCCGGCCUCCUGCUCCUGGCCUUCUUGGCAGCGUCCACCAUGCGCUUCUCCAGCCUGUGGUGGCCCGAGGAAGUCCCCGAGCAGCUGCGGAUUGGCUCCUUCAUGGGAAAGCGCUACAUGACCCACCACAUCCCACCCACCGAGGCUGCCACCCUACCCGUAGGCUGUGAGCCUGGCCUCGACCCUCUCCCCAGCCUCAGCCCCUAGCCUGGCCGAAGGUUCUGGGGCGGGGCCAUGGGAAGUUGGGGGACAAGUACACAGUGAGUUCCCAGCCCCUGUGCCCACAUGCCCCUCCCCCACGGCACUUCCCCAUCAGCCUGUAGCCCUGCCUUUGCCUUUCUCGUUCUGCCCUCUCCAGGCAACUGAAGUUGCAUUCCAGUCUGGGGGAGGGUAGUGGUCAGGCUAGCAUGCAGCUCCCACUUCCACCCCUACCUCUGUUAGAGGUAAUGCGGAGAUGCCACACUGACCAGAAUUUUCCAGGCUCCGGGAGGGGCCCUGUGGGGGGCCUUAUUCUGCCCUGUGCAGGGGACUGGGACACGCCCACCACCGGGUGUAUGAGGUCCAAACCUCCCUCUGUCUCUCUGUCCCACUUUCCAGUGGCUGGGGCUGCAGUGUAGCCUUUAGAGGUACCUCCAUUGUCCCCCGGCAGGGGUGCUUCCUGAGGGUGGCCAG